AUGUUAACAAUGCCCAAAAGGUUCACUUUACAUGGGAAUAAUAGUACAAGUUCAUCUCAUUCUAAAAUGGGAAGUCCUAGUAUAAACACCAAAGGAAGAUCAUUCUUUGGAAUAAGUCUAGGGAAACAUGAUUCAUUAGAUUCAGAUCAAGUAGAAUCACCAACAAGUUCACAUCAUUCUGAACAACAAAAUCAAAAUCAAGAACAAGAUCAUCAUUCACCACCUUCUUCUAAAAAUUCAUCACCACCAAAUGAUAAUCAUCAUCAUUCAAUGUUGGAAUUGAAAAGAUUCUUUAGACCUAAUAAUAAAAAACAUAACAAUAAUAAUCAUCAAAGCCCCAAUGGUUCAAAUUCAACUUCAAAAUUAUCUUCCGCCCUACCAAGUUCAAGUUCAAUUUCUCUGUCAAGACCAGAUCCUUUCGAUGCAGAUGGUUGUUUAGUACAAAAAUAUGGUAAACUGGGUAAAAUCUUAGGUUCAGGUGCCGGUGGUUCUGUUCGUUUAUUAACAAGACCUUCUGAUGGUGUUACAUUUGCUGUAAAAGAAUUUAGAGCUAUAAGACCUGGUGAACAAGCUAAAGAUUAUGCUAAAAAAUGUACUGCUGAAUUUUGUAUUGGUUCAACUUUACAUCAUCCAAAUAUUAUUCAAACUUUAGAUAUAGCUCAUGAAAAUGGUCAUUAUUUUGAAGUUAUGGAAUAUUGUCCAAUUGAUUUCUUUGCCGUUUUUAUGAGUGGUAAAAUGACUAGAGGUGAAAUAAAUUGUUGUUUAAGACAAAUUACUGAAGGUGUUAAAUAUUUACAUGAUAUGGGAUUAGCUCAUCGUGAUUUAAAACUUGAUAAUUGUGUUGUAACAAAAGAUGGUAUUUUAAAAUUGAUUGAUUUUGGUUCUGCUGUGGUUUUCAGAUAUCCAUUUGAAGAACAUUUAGUUAAAGCUCAUGGUGUUGUAGGUUCUGAUCCUUAUUUAGCUCCUGAAGUUCUUUGUCAAAGAGAAUAUGAUCCUCAACCAGUUGAUAUAUGGUCAAUUGCAAUCAUUUAUUGUUGUAUGACUUUGAAAAGAUUCCCAUGGAAAGUUCCUAAAUCAACAGAUCCAUCAUAUAAACUGUAUUGUAUGCCAGAUGAUGAACCUCAUAAUUAUUAUAAAUCUGCAGAACAGCACAAGAUAUUAUUAGCUAAAAGAAGAGCUGAAAGAUUAAAAUUAAAUAAUGGAACUUCAAAUGAUCAAGAUUCAAAAGUUGAAAAAAUUACUGAAGUCUUGAAAGAUACCACAAUUGAACCAAAUCAAAAUAUUCAAAAUAAUACAGCUUCAAGUUCAGAUAAAUCUUUACAUUCAAUUACUGAUCCAAAAUCUGAAGUAAAAAAUUAUAUCCAUAAUAAUAAUAGUAAAAGACCAUCACCACCACAAGAACAAAAAUCACAUCAUCGUACCAUACAUGGUCCUUAUAGAUUAAUGAGAUUAUUACCUCAUGCAGCAAGACCAAUAAUAUCAAGAAUGUUAACAGUUGAUCCAAAUAGAAGAGCAACUUUUAAAGAAAUUUUCCAAGAUGAAUGGUUUAGUACAAUUACACCAUGUACAAUUAAUAAAAAAGGUGAAGUUGUUCAUGCUCCUGGUCAUCAUCAUACAUUUGUUGAAGGUGAUGAAGCACAUUUGGAUAGUUAUAAACCUAAUGUUUCAAAUCAUAAACAAUCUGUUGCAAAUCAAAUUCAACAUGUGCAUUAA